AUGGCCGCGACACAGAAGGCGCCGCAGGAGCUGAAGAAGGCUGCCAGCCUCGCCCACGUACCCUGCGGUGACGAAUACGAGAAGAUGAUCUCAGGCAUGCUAUACGACAGUCUGCAGCCGGGCCUCGAUAAAGCACGCUUUAAAGCCAGGGCCUGGGCACACAAGUAUAACAACUACUUUCCCAGCGAACCGAACGCAAACGCCGAAUCCCUGGCAAAGGAGCGACUGGAGUUGCUUAAGACGUGCAUCGGUAGAGUCGGCAACAACGUCUUCAUUGAGCCCCCCUUCCGAAUCGAUUACGGCUGCAAUAUCAGCCUAGGCAACCGUGUCUACGCCAACUUCAACCUCACAAUCCUCGACUGCGCUAUUGUCACUAUUGGCGAUCGCGUUAUGUUUGGACCUAACGUCUCUCUCCUCGCGGCAACGCAUGAGACUGACGUACAAAGCCGGCGAGACUACGUUGAAUAUGCUAAGCCUAUUACGAUUGGUGAUGACUGCUGGAUUGGCGGUCAUGUUCUCAUCCUCCCUGGCGUCACAGUUGGUGAGGGAUGCACUAUUGCUGCUAGUUCCGUUGUGACGAAGGAUAUUCCGGCCUGGAGUGUAGCAAUGGGGACGCCAGCGCGCGUUGUGAAAAAGGUGACGCCCUUGGACAAGAUGCCCGAGGAAGAAUAG